AUGGAGGAAAAUAACUCACCAACUGGGUUAGAAAAGAACCCAGUCAUGAGAAUCAUAAUCAUACUCAUACUCAUACUCAUAAUAAUACUCAUACUCAUACUCAUACUCAUAAUCAUACUCAUAAUCAUACUCAUUCUCAUAAUCAUAAUCUUACUCAUAAUACCAAUCAUAAUCAUAAUCAGAAUCAUAAUAAUACUCAUACUCAUACUCAUAAUUAUACUUAUACUCAUACUCAUAAUAAUACUCAUACUCAUAAUCAUACGCAUAAUCAUAACUAUAAUCAUAGUGAUAACCAUGCUCAUAAUCAUACUAACAAUCAUAAUAUUAUCAGAAUCAUAA